AUGGAUCAAUUCAGGCAGAUUGGGGAGGUUUUAGGAAGUUUGAAGGCUGUAAUGGUAUUGAAACACGACAUUCCAAUUAACCAGAGGCAAUGCUGUUUGCUUUAUGAUAUGUUAGUUUUGGCGUUUGAUACGAUUUCGGAAGAAAUCAGACAGCAUUUGAGGUUUGAAGAAAGGAAUACGAAAUGGAAGGCUCUAGAGCUUCCAAUGAAAGAGCUUUACCGGAUAUUUAAGGAAGCCGAUCUUUAUAUAAGAUACUGUGUGGAUGUUAAGGAUUGGUGGGGUAAAGUGAUUAGUCUACAUCUCAAUAGGGAUUGUGUUGAAUUCCACAUUCAUAAUUUAUUAUGUUGUUUUCCUGUUGUAAUUGAGGCCAUCGAGACUGCUGCAGAAAUCUCGGGGGUGGAUCAGGAAGAAAUGCAGAAGAGACGACUUGCCCUGAUGAAAAAGUACGAUGAAGAAUGGAAUGAACCAAAAAUUUUCCAGUGGAAGUUCGGGAAACAGUAUUUAGUCCCUCGAGAAAUAUGCAGCCGUUUGGAUACAGCUUGGAAGGAAGAUGGGUGGUUACUUCUCGAAAAGAUUAAAGAGAAAAAAAGUUCGUCAACAAAGCACGAGCAGAGGCUUGGAGAGUUUUUGAUUAAGAAACUAAGUGAUGCAGAACAAUCCAAGACAAAGCUUUUGCCGAACAAUGUCUUAGUUGCUGCAGCUGAUUAUUACGUGAAGCGGCGUUUAGACUCAGCUGGAAGUGCAGGGCAUUUUAAGGAGAUCCAAUGGUUGGGGGAAAGUUUUGCUUUGAGGACGUUCUAUGGGGAGAUUGAACUACUAAAUCCCGAGAUUUCUUUAAUCCUUUCACUUUCCCACCCGAAUGUGUUGCAAAACCAUUGUGCCUUUUUCGACGAAGAAAGGAAAGAGGGUUUGCUUGUAAUGGAGCUUAUGAAUAAGGAUCUAAACACUUACAUAAAAGAGAAUUAUGGCCAAAGAAAGAGACUCCCAUUCUCAACGCCGGUUUCAGUUGAUAUAAUGCUUCAGAUUGCAAGAGGCAUGGAAUAUCUACAUUCUAGAAAGAUCUAUCAUGGAGAUUUGAAUCCUUCCAAUAUCCUUCUCAAAGCAAGAAAUGGUUCCAUAGAGAAUUAUUUUCAAGCAAAAAUCACUGGUUUUGGUUUGACCUCGAUCAAGAGUUAUUCUGCACGGAGCCCAAAACCAACAGGAAUCGAUCCAGAUAUUUGGUUAGCCCCAGAAGUGCUGGCCGAACAAGAGCAGCCCGGGGGUAAAUGCACUACGAAGUAUUCAGAAAAAGCUGAUGUUUACAGUUUUGGGAUGCUUUGCUUUGAACUUCUAACCGGGAAAGUCCCGUUUGGAGAUGGACGCCUUCAAGGAGAAAAGAUGGCUCGAAAUAUUAGAGCCGGGGAGAGGCCACUUUUCCCAUAUCCUUCACCAAAAUACCUUUCAAAUUUGACUAAAAAAUGCUGGCAAAUGAACCCGAAUCUUCGCCCGACUUUCUCAUCAUUGUGUAGGAUAUUACGCUAUAUCAAGAAGACCCUUGUUAUAAAUCCUGACCAUGGCCAGCCAGAUUCUGCUCCACCACUUGUUGAUUAUUGUGACAUGGAGGCUGGCUAUUUGAAGAAAUUGACUGGGGAUAGGGGCGAGGAUUUGGCACUGGUGUCUCAAAUUCCUUUCCAAAUGUUCGGUUAUAAGCUUAUCGAGAAAGAAAAAAUCUCCGGAAAGAAUUGGGAUUUGACAAGUGAUGGAUCUGUAGUUCACCGUGCAGCAUCAAUGUUUGACGAAGAGCAUUUUGGUGUCAUGGAUGAUUUUUUCCUUGCACCAAGUGAUCGAAGGUCAGUUUGUUCUGAAAUCAUUGAGAGGAAAUAUUCAACAUUAGUGGUUGAUCAGAGGUCGGUCAUCUCAGAGAUACCUCAUCGCCAGUUUUUCUCAUUCGACCAAAGGUCAUUUGGCUCUGAAAGUCCGGGGAGAAAAUAUAUGGGACCCUCAGCCGAUCAAAGGUCAGUUGGUGCUGAAACUCUAGAUAGGAAACCUUCAUUCAUACUCAGAGCUGAUCAAAGCUCGUCUCAUGCUCAGAGUCCCGAGAACAAAUUUCUGCAGAAGGUGGUUAGUACGAAGCUAAAAGUCGAGGUUCCAGAUAAGGCAUCAAAAGAUGCAGAGAUUAAAGCAGCGAAUUGCAGUACUCCAGAACCUGUACUUUCACUAAUCAAAGCCAGUGAGCAGAAGUUAGUAAGUGCCGAGAUUGUAGAGAAAAAACUUUUAUCACCAAGGCCGACAGUCGAGCAAAAAUCAGUUUAUUCCGAUGGUUCAGGAGGGAAAAUAUCAUCACUGUCAACAGUAAAAUUAGUUGAGAUUCCGGAAAAGAAAAUACUGAAGCCAGAAUCCAUUCCGAAGACAGUUUCAGGUUCUUCUAAGAUUUCUGAAAAGAAAAGCGGGUCAGAAACAAAACACAUUGGCAAGUCGAGCAAUACUACAAACUCAGAGAAGAAAGAUUUGGUUGUCAAGAAUAGGAAAGAUGUAAAGACUAAAAAUUCUCCGGAGACAUUGAAUAGUAACUCCCCUACAUCUUCACCAUCAAGAAUAAAGAAAACGAAUCCUGGUCCCUCUCCUGCUUCCUCACCAGGGCGUGUGUCCAGAACGCGUUCAUCGCCAAAAUGGUUACCUGCGUACUACUCAAGAGAUUAUUCAUCACCAAGAUCAUCACCGUUACAUCCAAGUGCUCAAAUUAGUCGAGAGAACCGAGUACCAUCAUGCAUGAGUCCUCGAAGACCUAGAACAAAUAAUGUAUCCAACUCAGGAGUGGCAUAA